ACUUCCAAGUACAUAGUCUACCUGCAUUGGAGAGCUGAGGGGCUGAUGUUGCAGUGAUGAUUAACAAAUCAAGACUUCCAGGGACAUAGUCUACCUGAAUUAGAGAGUUGAGGGGCUGAUGUUGCAGUGAUGAUUAACAAAUCAAGACUUCCAGGGGACAUAGUCUACCUGAGUUAGAGAGCUGAGGGGCUGAUGUUGCAGUGGUGAAUUUUUCUUGGAAAAAUGGCUGACACCAUCCUUUAAAGAAAUACCAGCGUACAGUGAUGAUAUUUCUUAGAGUAAAGGGGAGAGGGGGAAAUCAAUUCCAGGUACAUUUUUUGCCAAGUGAGUCGUUGUGACAUCGAGCAAACAUUACUGAGUACUAUCACAGUUACAACACCUUUGGCUUCCAAACUCCCUGCUUCAGCUUGAGGGAUACGGGAUUGGUUAGUAUGUGCUGAGACUUCUGGUCACCUGGGUAGGGCUUAGUGCCCUGCCACGUUGAGGGGGGAAAAAAAAGAAGAAAGAAAAAAAAAAGAAAGGAACAGGCCUCUGUGAAGUCAUUCAAAUAAAGGUUAAUAACUGGGUGGUGAUGCUCCUCACAAGACUGGGGAGAAAUGCCUGGCAGCUGAGCUGCUCUUGCUCCCCAGCUGCCUGUCAUGGUACUUAGAGUAAGAGGUGACAGACCUGUUUAUUUAUAGAAGGGGCCAAUAACAAAGGCAGCACUGGGAGCUUCAUUCAGGACCAGCAGGAAGUGUGUAAACACUGACUGGAGGAGCCGGGAGCACUCUUCUCCAGAGGGGAAGAACUCUGGCCUGGUAUUUUUCCUACUGACAUAUUUAACUCCAGAGUUGAAAAGAGAGUCUAUCAUUUGGAAUAAUUACCCUGUUAUAGAAGUGCUGUAGUUGUAUCUCCUUUAUUUUUUUAAAGGGCUGAAAUGCCUGAAGGUGAGGACUUUGGACAAGGCGAAAGCUGGGAAGUGGUAAAUUCCAAAGCCGAUGAAAAGCCUGGACUCAGCCAAUGUAUUGCAGAAUCAUGGAUGAACUUCAGCUUAUUUCUUCAAGAAAUGGCACUCUUUAAACAGCAGAACCCUGGCAAGUUUUGCCUCCUGGUCUGCAGUGUGUGCACAUUUUUUACGAUCUUAGGAAGUUACAUUCCUGGAGUCAUACUCUCCUACUUUGUAUUACUCUGUGCCUUUUUGUGUCCACUGUUUAAGUGCAAUGAAUUUGGACAAAGAGUAUACAGCAAGAUCAAGUCAUUUCUGCUGAAACUAGAUUUUGGAAUAGGAGAAUAUAUUAACCAAAAGAGGCGAGAAAGAUCUGAGGCAGAUAAAGAAAAAAAUCACAAAGAUGACAGUGAAUUAGACUUUUCAGCCCUUUGUCCUAAGGUUAGCCUUACAACUGUUGCCAAAGAGUUAUCUGUGUCUGACACAGAUAUAUCAGAAGUAUCUUGGACUGAUAAUGGGACCUUCAAUCUAUCUGAAGGAUGUACUCCACAGACAGACACUUCUGAUGAUCUCGAUCGACCCAGUGAACAGGAAGAAGCUUUCUCCAGAGAUCUUUCAGAAUUUCCAUCUCUAGAAAAUGGCAUGGGAACAAAUGAUGAAGAUGAGUUGAGCCUUGGCUUGCCUAUCCAGUACAAAAGGAAAAAAGAACAGCUGGAUAGUGGUCACAGACAGAAUAAAGAGAGGCAUCCAGCAGCUGGUCUUUCCCUUCCUCUGAGCAGUGACCAAACCAUUCACUUGAUGGGUAAUCUGGCUGGUGAUGUCAUUGUAGCUGCAAUGUCUGCUGCCAUCAAAGACCAGUUGCAGCAGGGAGUGCAGAAAGCAUCUUCCCUGCCCGCACCUAGCCCAGGGGAUGACACAGACACAGAAGAAGGUGAUGAUUUUGAACUACUGGACCAGUCAGAGCUCGAUCAGAUUGAGAGUGAACUGGGACUUACACAAGACCAGGAAGCAGAACCACAGCAAAAGAAAUCUUCAGGCUUCCUUUCAAAUCUGCUGGGAGGCCAUUAACUUGGGAAUCAGAGCUUGCAACAGAGCAGAAAUAAACCACAAAAAAAUUUAAAACAAACAAAAAGAAAAAAAAAGAAAAUUAUAUGAGCUGUGAGCUUUAACUAUUACUUUAGAUUUGUUGUCCUAUUUUCCCUUCUGCAGUGAAUUAACUGGAUAUAUAUCAGCUGAAACUGAAAAUUUAAUAUUUCUGAUCAUUAUACCUAGGCCUAGUAAGCAUGGAAACGAAUUCUAUACCCACAGAGAGGAACGUUACAGAUUUUUUUUUUUUUAAAGGAAACGGUCAAACGUUAGAGUGAUACAACCUUCCAAGUAUUCUCUAUCCUUUUCAUCAUACUUCAUCUUUCAAGUCUGCAGUUUAUUGUGACACAGUGAGAAAGGUGUUGCAAUAUAUCUAUGUGUAGCUUUAUGCUAUCCUAUCCCCUCAGUAUCUUGAAAUAGUUUUAAAAUUUUGAUGUUAAAGAAUCCUUGCAUCAUUUUUUUUUUAAAUUUAAGAACUUGGACAGCACUAUCAAAAGGAAUUAACUAGGAAAAUAAAAUGAUUUUACAUAAAUCAUUAUUUUAAACUCUUUGGAUAGGCUGAUACAUUUCCAGGUUAUUUCUGCAGUAGUAGGCUUAUAGAUGUGUUAAGUGGCCUGCUCCUAAAUCGACUGCCAUCAAAAAGCAAGUAUUGCUAUGUCAUGCAGAUGCUGAUCAUGAUGUAAACAGACAAAAUUUCUGUUGUAGUUUGUUCCCUGUUUGUCAAAUGCUUGUGAAUAGGGAUUUUGUGAGUGCUGAUGUUUAACAUAAACAAGCCUUCUUCCUACACAGGCUGAUUUAUCUUCUACAUUAGUUGAUGAAACAGUAGCCCCUAAAAUUGUGGAGUUCUCUAGUCUUUGCUGUCAUUUGUGAACAUCAGCUGCCUAGCAGAAUUAUUUAGUCCUAUACCCCUGGUCUGGGUAAUUUAAGUAAAAGAGGAAUUCACUUUGUUUGGAAAUGUAUUUAUUUGUCAUUUUAAGUCUACACAUAGUAAUCUCUUGAUGAUUUGGGUUCUGGAAUAGAUUUUAACUAUCAAAAUAUCACAAAACUUUUUUUUUGAAAAUCUUUAAAUAACUAAAUUUGUUAUAAGGAACAGAUUUGUUAUUAAGGAACAAAGGAAGACAUGAAACCAAUUUAUUAAUGUGAAACUUUGAGAAGGGUUGAGGGACCAUGUCAGCUAUUACAAAAACAGCUAAUAUAGCUGGCAUUUUAAAAGAUGAACAUGGUCACCUGGAACCCCUCAGAAAGGAAGGAUAAUCCCAGCAAAUAGGAAGUCUAUUUUUCUUUCCUUUUGUUUACCUGCCUUAUCUUCCUAAAGAAAAAGUAUAGGUAAUUCUACAUUUUAAUGUGGUGUACCUUAUUUAUUUAUUUUUCUUUCUGAGGUAUUAAAAAUCUAGACUGAAUUUGCCAAAUAUUGUAGGGAGAAAAGUUACAUAAGACUUUUGACAUUUACUAUUUGUGGUUGCUGUGCUUUUGUAUCAGUAGGUGCCUAGUGGUUAUUGUUUGCUUGUCCCUUUUGGUACAAAGUGAGUCUGUGCCUUUGUUAUCUUGCCCAUUCUGGAACAAAGGAAAACUAUUUGUUGGACAAAUUGUGUGGUCUUGGGGAAAUAUGUCUUAAUACCAUUCAAUGAAAGUUUCUGGACAUGAAGAAAAAGUUAUAUAUCAAUAUUGUAAUAAAUAAUUUACAGGUUCUUUAUUCAUGUGAGCUUCCUCAUAAAAAUAUUCUUAUCCAGGAAGUCCAAACAUAUAUAAAAGCCAUUUCAAUUUCUCAGUUGAGAAAAAGUACAGGUUUCCCCUCCCCCCUUUAGUACCUUUAAGACAAUCCAGGUAGUCAUAAGAGUAUAAAGAGGACAAGCCUAACAGAAGAUUGUCAACAGUUGAGUUGUAUGGUGGAUAAACAAUGAAUGUUAGAGGGUCAAAUAUUUUAAAAAAUAAAAUAAAAUGGGCUUGGGGUGGGGUGGGAGUUGGCUUGGGAAAAGGUGGUACCAGGAUUGGAAGUACAGUAGUAGUAGUUCAGAUAUACACUAGCUUUCCUUAAACAGUGGCAUUGUAAGCAAGUGUGCACUUUAAUGCUAUUUGCUCAAAAAUAAAUGUGAUUAUUAUGUAUCCAACAAAACAGAACUCUUUUCAAAAUGUUAAUUAAACCAAGCAACAUAUAAUAAUGAAAGGAGUAGUUGUCAAGGCUUUUUGUAUAUAAUCUUUUUUUUCUGGUUUUGAGAUAUAGGUAUAAAUCAGUUGUGCAUUUGCCUUUGUGUUUGAGAAUUUGUAUGUGUCAUCUGGCACAUUAAAAAAAAAAGUUUCCCUGUAGUCAUCUUGCUACACGUGCUGUAUCACAAGAACAUAUUGUGGCAUUGUAUCUCUCCCCUGUAUCUCUUUAAAAAUGGUUUAAAAUCUCCUCUCAAGUCAAAAAAUAUUCAGUCAAAGUGAACCAGGUGUACCUUUUUGAUACUAAAUAUAUUAGAGUAAUUGUUCUCUAAUUUCACAUAGACCAUUCUGAGUAACAGUAUGUAAUAAUAUUGUCUAGGUGAUUAUGUACUUCUUUUUUAAUAACAAAAUAAUGCUAGAGAAGUGGAAGUUUUCUGUGUUGGUAUAUCAAUUUGGACUUUGAAGAAAAGACUAUUUUCCCUUUUUGAAAGACCUUUGUUUCUCCCUUGUUCUGUUAGCUUAAAAAAAUAGAAUCUUUACACUAAGGAUCUUCUUUAGAAUCAUACUAUUAAAGCUGAAAGAGACCUUAAAAGUCCUCUAAUUCAGUCCUAUCAUUUUACAGUUAAGGAAAUUGAGGCUCAGAAAGCAGAAUGUAAGCUCCUUUGAGGGCAGGACCUUGAGUUUUGUUUUGUUUUUUCCUUUUGGUCUUUGUCCUCCUCCUCUCUUCCCCCCCAGUGCCUAGCACAAUGUCUUGAAUGUUUUAGGCACUUAACAAAUACUGAUUCAAUUGAAUUAAUUUAAAAAAAUCUAUUUUACAGCUGUGUAACAAGAGGAGAGGAAAAAGUAAUGCUCUUUAAUGAAAUUAAACUUUUAGUAUUAAAAAAAUUUAGGAAUCUUAUUUUGUUGAAAUAAUUCCAUUUGCUUCAUUUGAGAGGGGGAAAAAAUCACAUACCCACAAGAAUAAUGUUAAGUUUGUGUUGUUUUAAAAAUAAAUAUUUGUCUAAAAGAAAUAAAGCAAACUAAACAACGUCAACAUUCAUAUUAAGCAUUAUUUGUUUAAGAAAUUUGUGCUUAAUGUUAACAUUUUUCCAACGUUUUUGCAAAACUACUGUGCUUGGGCAUUGUAGAAGAAACCAACCAGAUUAGGAAUAGUGUCUGCCCUUCAUGCAGUUUACUGUCAUGUUUAGCAUUCAGGCUGGGAUUUUUAAAUUACAUUUCUGAUUUGAACCAUUCAAAUUAUCUUGCUAUAGUUAGUGUGGGAGUAAAAUUAUUCUGAGAGAUUUGACUAAAUUACCAUUAAUGAUAGGUGAUAAAAUUAGAAGGUCCAAGAAUUAGAUAUUUAUGCAUUCCUAUCUCUUCUUUCCACUACUGUGUUAAUCUGACCUAAGCUUAGAUGGGAAUAAACAAGUUGGGAUUCUGGUUCUAUUAUGAUGGCCUGAAGUAAAUCAAUUAACAGCUCAUGUGCCUCAGUUUCUCCUUCUAUAAAAUGAGGAUUCUAGUAUUUAUUUCCACUCUACCUCACCAUGAUAUUGUGAGAACAAGAAAAUUAAUUCCUUGGACAAAGGCACUGUGUAAAACCAAGGUAUCCAUUAUUAUUUCACAAUAUAAUUUAUGAAGUCUUCCUUUGAGCAUUAGAAUAAAAGGCAACAUGCAAGUGCCUACUCAAAAUGAAAACUCUGAUAAGAUUUUCAUGGCUUUGCACAAAUGCAUACUUUUUCAUAUACUGAUUUGGUUUUGUUUUUUAAAUGUUUAUAAAGGAAGGAUAAAUGACAAUUUAUUAUAAUUGAGUAGAAUGACAAUUUAUUAUAAUUGAGUAGAAUUAUAUGAAAUAUUAAAAUACAUUUUUAUUUAGUUUGGAUUCAUUAUUCACUCGUAACUGAAUGAGAAAAACCUUGGUAUAAGGAGACUCCCCCAGAUGUAAAUUGAUCAUUCAGACUAAAGUCUGUGAACCAAACACUGUGACAGAUACCUUAGCGUCAAUUUAAAUUUAAUGUGAAUGUACCAUACUAAUCACCUGUAGACUUCAUAUAUCCAGAUAACCAGAAAUUUUGGAGGUUGCAAAAUGUCUUAAAACUGUUUAUGGAAGUAUCAUUUGCAGCACUUUACUUAACAUGAAUGUUUUAUAAACAUGGAAUAAUUGAUAGCAAUUGUUUGUAAACCAUUUAAUAAAUGUCUGUUAGUUUCAACCUUUCAA